AGGGCAUAUUGUCAUAAUAGGAGGUCAGAUCAUCGAGUACACAGACAUGACACUAGUACAUCGACACCUCCGAACUUGACGUUUUAGGUAAGUUUUUGAGGAAAAAAAGUAGAUUUGUACGUCAUGUCGACGCGAACUGUAUCAAAAAGACUAACCCAACACAACAGAUCCGCAGUUGUUCACGAACACAGUGGGGGGUGGCAGUUCAUCAAAUGUUCAUAGUUCUACCAACCAGCUUCGUAUGUCGCCAGACGCCAACCGUCGUUUCGUUCUGGAAAAGAUCUUUGCAAGCUGAAAAGCCCGUGGAGCCCUGUCCCGCUCGCGUGGCGAGUGGCGACUGCCGAAUCUUGGACGAUUCCCCGGCGUGCACCUCAUGUCCUCGCCCUGCCACACCGCCGCGGCGGGCCCCGCGUGCAUCCCUACCCGUGCAGACUGGCUCCGGCCACGGCACCCAUCACAAGCCGUGGUCCGUCCAUGACAGCUGACCCCGCUGUGACGCCGGUCCCGCGCGUCAUACGUACGCAGUCGAAGCGAAGUUCCCUGGGCAAGGCUCAGUCGCCAGAGAAGAAGCAGCAGCAGCAGCCCAGCGGCAGAUCCCUGCUGUGCUGAGGCGCUGAGCUGCUGAGCUGAGGCGACUAGCGUCGCGCAGCGCAAGGCAGGCACCCCCACCCUCGCAAGUCACGCACAGGAGGAGACGAGACGAGGGAGAUACUUGUUUCUCCCAGGACCUCGCUCACCAACUCCGGGAAUCCGCCAACUCCCGCCGCCCGCCCCGGCCCGCCCCGCGCCGCGCCGCGGCGCAUCAUUCCUUGCCAGCGGCCCACGCAAAUCCCAAAUCCCAAACCCCGCGCCGAUGCCCACCAGCCCUCCGCUGCCCGACCCCAGCCGCCCGCCGCGCCGCUCUUAUUAUACGCCGCCCCGGCCGCAGCUGCUCGCUGCUUAAUCCGCUGCGGCUCGGUUCGCGUGCGCGUUUUUGGGAGAGGGCGGGGCGUUGGCUGUCAGCGGCUGGACUGGGUAGUGCGGCCGUGGCGGCGCCGCGAGGGAAGGGGCGGCGGAGAUGCUGGGGUCCGGGCUGAAUCUGGUGACCACGGUGAUCGGCUUCGGGAUGAGCGCCACCUUCAUCGUCUUCGUCUGCGCGCGCCUCAUCUGCGGCCGCGCUGCGCGGGCCGACGCCGACGCGGCCGCCGGCGCCGCGGCGCGGGCGCUGCCGCAGCCACCCGUGCCGUUCGACUUCGACGUCGAGUUCCGCAACGUCGCGGAUCUCGACCGCACGAUUGAACGCUCCCGCUGUGGGUUGGAUCCUUUUGCCGUUGCUGCAAUUCCUACAAUGGAUUAUAGUUCUGAGGCCUUCCAUUCAAAAGAUGAUGCCCAGUGCUCCAUAUGUUUAGGUGAAUACAGCGAUAAAGAGAUACUGCGUAUAAUGCCUACAUGCCAACACAACUUCCAUCUCGAAUGCAUAGAUGUAUGGUUGCAGAAACAGACUACCUGCCCAAUAUGCCGCGUCUCAUUGAAGGACCAGCCUGGCGCGAAACCUACAGCAUCCCCUCUCCGUACCCCACUCCCUCAGAUACUGGGACAUGCCGGCAGCCCAGUCAAUAGAUCGCCCCAUUGGAUACUCCCGAUCCAUCGCGAUCGUGCUGGAGGCAGACAGAACAGCCCAGCCUCGCAGGAAUCGUUGGAGGUGAUCAUCGAGAUCCAGCCACAGAGACAAUGAGGAGGGUACAAGGUUGAGACUGUGGUGAAGCUACUAUACUCCUGUCAGGCGUCAGAAGGAAUCCGGCGUUGCAGAAACCAUGCUAGCUGGCUGGGCUGUUCGUCCUGCAGCACGGUAGUUGGUUGGGGGUACAGGAACAGGACGGGCCUGGUGUGUAGCAGCAUUCUUUGUACAUUUCGAGCUGUAGCAUAGCGGUUCCCUUUCGCAGUCUCGGUACCUGCCUUUGGGCUUUUCUUUCUUUUUUUGAUGUAUUGUCAUUGUAUUCUGUAAAGAAAUGGUAAACUGUUCAGAUUUGGAGCUGCGGAGAUAUUUGCAGCGGCUCCGCCCGCCAAUUAAUUGCCGGUGCUCAAGGGAGCAUUUCGGCUCAUGAACGGGUAAAUAUGUUCUGUGAGGGGGCAUCGCCUUGUCACUGUCA